GUUUCCUUACCUCGAUACUCAAAUACGCACGACCACUACAGCAAAAUAAAUCGUAACCUAUAUCGAAUUCUAAAUGAUGUCGGGAAUCGGACAGGAAAUCAAGGGACAAGCUGAGAAAGCUGCUGGCCACCUAUCCGGCAACAAGGGCCGUGUUGACGAAGGCAAAGCCGAAAAGGCUUAUGGCGAGGCCCGCAAAGAAGGAGCUGAAGGUCAGCAUGCUUUCACCCAACACGGUGCCACAAAGGAAGGAGCCAAGGCUGCUGGUGACGCUGCUAGGGGCGCCUACUAUGACCAGAAAUCCGCGACUGAGGGUCGUCACUGAUGGGAUGGUGUAUGAAUGAGGAUUGCUGAAAAACUUUGUAUACCCCUCAGUGCUUUGUAUAUUGAUGGAAUUUUUCAUGUAGAAUAUGAUUUGGGAUGAUGUUUUGCAA